UAUUCAUCAAAGAGUUAUUUUAAUUUGUAACGUCGAAAAGAGAAUUGUAGUCAAAGAUGCCUCGUGGUACACUUGAAGUUAUUCUCAUCGGAGCUAAAGCCCUUCGUGACACUGAUUUCUUCAAGAAAAUGGAUCCCUAUGUGAUCCUCACAUAUCGGUCUCAAGAGCACAAAAGCAGUGUAGCCAAAAAUGCAGGAUCGAAUCCUCGUUGGAAUGAAAGUUUCCUUUUCACAGUUUGUGACAAUGUUUCUGAACUUAAUUUGAGACUAAUGGAUGAAGAUACAUUUACCAAGGAUGACUUGCUUGGUGAGGCAAAAAUUCAUUUGGGAGCAGUUAUUGCGGAAAGGAGCAUACCAGAAAGUGCUUAUAAUGUUGUCAAGAAUGAGAAUUAUUGUGGAGAGGUUCGGGUGGCUCUCACUUUUCAUCCUGAGGGAGGGCAGUACUGAACUCGGCUAGGAGGAAAGUGCGAUUGGUGGAUGGAGAGAAUUAAUCAAAGACUAUUAGGAGAUAUAAGUGAAUGAAAAGAAUAAAAUAAUAAUUAGUGUGGUUGUACCAACAUUUCUUGAACCGGUCUAGAAAUAUCUUUGAAACAAUUAAGAAACAAAUUACAAUUGACAUUAUGUUUGAGAAAUAUGCUCUCUAUCUAUAGAUUUUGAAUUUUCAUCUUUAAGUUUACCUAAUUUAAUAGAUUUUA